UGUGGGCCAAUUACCCCUCCGUGUGGACCGUUUCGAUAUUUUAUGGUGCUCAUUGAUGCAUCAACACGUUGGUCACAUGUCAGUCUUUUAUCGACUAGAAAUUUUGCAUUUGCAAAUCUCCUUGCUCAAAUUAUUCGUUUGAGAUCACAAUUUCCGGAUUAUUCGAUAAAGAAAAUCCGACUUGAUAAUGCAGGAGAAUUUACAUCCCAAUCUUUUAAUGACUAUUGCAUGUCAAUUGGGAUUGAUGUGGAACAUCCAGUUCCACAUGUACAUACACAAAAUGGUCUUGCUGAAUCCUUAAUUAAGC